AAUUAGUAUAAAAGGCCACAACCCAUACUUCAUCAGCAUUCCCACUUCACAGUUCCUGUGAAGUGUGUAUACUAAAAAGGUUUUUUUUUUAUUUAUUUAAAAAUACGUUUAUCAGACACCAUGGCUGAUAUUUUUGAUAGUUUCGAACUCCUUUACGACCGUCCAGGCGAACCCAUGAUUAACACCAAGGGGGAAGACAAAGUUCUAUUCGAACUCACUGAACAAUUUCUGACCCCGGAAUACGCCAACAAUGGUCUGGAGUUGAAUAACCGCUUCGGUGAUGAGGAGGAGGUGUCUCGUAAAAUAAUAUUGAAGAAUCUUGACAAGAUUCCAGAGUUUCCUAAAGCUAAACAACUCCCAAACGAUGCCGAUUUCUCCCUUUUCCUGCCCAGCCAUCAAGAAAUGGCUAAUGAAGUCAUUGAUGUCCUAAUGAGUGUAACUGAGAACCAACUACAAGAACUCCUGUCUACUUGUGUGUAUGCCCGAAUCAAUCUCAACCCGCAGCUGUUCAACUACUGCUACACUGUUGCCAUUAUGCACAGACGUGACACGGGUAAGGUUCGUGUACAGAACUAUGCAGAAAUUUUCCCUGCAAAGUUUUUGGACUCUCAAGUAUUCACCCAGGCCCGUGAAGCUGCAGCAGUCAUCCCGAAAACUAUUCCUCGAACUCCUAUCAUCAUUCCACGAGACUACACUGCUACCGACUUGGAAGAAGAGCAUCGCCUGGCGUACUGGCGUGAAGACCUCGGUAUCAAUCUUCACCAUUGGCAUUGGCAUCUCGUUUACCCGUUCUCUGCUAGCGACGAGAAAAUUGUAGCCAAAGACCGUCGCGGGGAGCUGUUCUUCUACAUGCACCAGCAAAUCAUUGCCAGAUACAACUGCGAGCGUUUGUGCAAUUCUCUGAAGAGGGUAAAGAAAUUCAGCGACUGGCGCGAGCCUAUCCCGGAGGCGUAUUACCCUAAACUAGACAGCUUGACUUCAGCCCGCGGCUGGCCGCCACGCCAAGCUGGUAUGCGUUGGCAAGACCUGAAGAGACCUGUGGACGGUCUAAACGUUACAAUUGAUGACAUGGAACGUUACAGGAGGAACAUUGAAGAGGCUAUUGCUACUGGUAACGUUAUAUUGCCAGACAAAUCUACCAAAAAGUUGGAUAUCGAUAUGCUCGGCAACAUGAUGGAAGCAAGCAUCCUGUCACCCAACCGCGAUUUGUAUGGCUCCAUCCACAACAACAUGCACAGCUUCAGCGCGUACAUGCACGACCCCGAACAUCGAUACCUCGAAUCAUUCGGUGUGAUCGCUGAUGAAGCGACGACGAUGCGCGAUCCGUUCUUCUACCGCGUGCAUGCGUGGGUCGAUGACAUCUUCCAGAGUUUCAAAGAGGCCCCUCAUAACGUGCGCCCAUACAGUCGCUCUCAGCUCGAGAACCCUGGCGUUCAAGUGACAUCCGUCGCGGUGGAGUCUGCUGGCGGCCAACAGAACGUGCUGAACACUUUCUGGAUGCAGAGCGAUGUGAACCUCUCUAAAGGUUUAGAUUUCUCGGACCGCGGGCCGGUGUACGCGCGCUUCACUCAUCUCAACCACAGACCUUUCCGUUACGUUAUAAAGGCGAACAACACUGGCUCCGCUCGCCGCACGACCGUGCGCAUCUUCAUAGCCCCGAAGACAGACGAGCGCAACCUGCCGUGGGCUCUGUCCGACCAACGCAAGAUGUUCAUUGAGAUGGAUAGAUUCGUAGUACCCUUGAGCGCUGGCGAAAACACAAUUACUCGUCAGUCCACAGAAUCGUCACUGACAAUUCCGUUCGAACAGACGUUCCGCGACCUUUCCAUCCAGGGAAGUGACCCUAGGCGUUCGGAACUCGCCGCAUUUAAUUACUGCGGGUGUGGCUGGCCGCAGCACAUGCUCGUGCCUAAGGGAACGGUCGGCGGUGUUGCCUAUCAACUCUUUGUAAUGCUUUCCAACUACGAACUGGAUAAGAUUGAGCAACCAGACGGCAGGGAACUGAGUUGCGUCGAAGCUUCCAUGUUCUGUGGCUUGAAGGAUAAGAAGUACCCAGACGCACGUCCGAUGGGCUAUCCGUUCGACCGGCCAUCCAACUCUGCUACCAACAUCGAAGACUUCAGCGCGAUGUCCAACAUGGGACUGCAAGACAUAGUCAUCAAACUAUCCGAUGUAACCGAACCAAACCCUAGAAACCCACCCGCUUAAACUACCAAGCUUGCUAAACCAUUGUGAAUUUACUAUCACAAAGGAUUUUUGUUUAUAAUGAUAUUUUAUGAUACUUAAGUAUUACAUUUAUAAUUGAAUUUUAAGCUUGAAUUAUCCUCAUAGUGUUUUUCUUUUAAUUUUACAUUUCUUUAAAAAUAAAAAAUGAAAGGCUGAUAGUGUUUAUCUUGUAAAUUCUUAAGUGUAAAUAUGUUAUAUAUGUUUGUAGAGUUAUGUAACUAUUAUUGACCCAUUUUAUAAGGAAUAAGACAAUAAAUAAAACAAUG